UUCAAAAGAAACCUCAGGAGCGAAAAGGGAACAGUGAUAAGAGUAUCAAAUUCAUUUUACCCUGGCGUUUAAGCAUCCAUGGCGGAUUCCAUAUCAAGAAUCAUCGCAGAGCUUGAAGAGAAUCAACAACAAAACCUUACAAACCCCCGCACUCACCUAUCACAAUCUUCAUCACCGUCACUCCUCUCCCAAUCAACCCUCUUGGAUCUCCAGUCUCUGGUAGACACCAAUGACCCCGACAUCAUUGACCAGUUCUAUGGCGAUCUCUCCUCUAAGAACCUCUCUCCGACUUCUCUCCUCCCUCCCAUGUCGGUGGCCAUGGACUCUGGCCCCACACACCUCUCGCUCUUGUCCUCCAGUGUCUACCUCUCUAUCCUCCUCGCUCCCAACUCCCCGGUGUUCACUCUUUUCACCCCCAUGGCAUUUCUCUCUCUCCUCCGCUCCAUUCGCCGCUCCCUCAAGCACCGGCCUUCUCCGGCGGUCCCGCGCGAGGAGUCCACUACAGGACGCAACUCCCGCGGGCCACCACCGAACAGGAAGAAGAGGUCUAGGGGCUCGAGAAGUGUCGUGAGGGAUUUGGAGACCGGGACCGGGGACGAAAAUGAGGAGCGUGAGUUUGAUGUUAGAGUGUUGUUCAGUGUGCUUGAGAAACUGGAAUCCGUUCUUGGUUUGGUUCAUCUGGAUAGAUUUCCUGAUUGUUUAAAGUCUUUGGUGCAAACUAUGUGUGAAAUUCCUGUAACGGCGGUUGAAUUCUACGGUGUUUCUGCAUCUUUUAGCAGAUUAGUGGAUAUGUCUUCACGCAUUUUAGGUAAAAUUUUAGGGAGUGAGCACGGCGAUCCGGCAAGCACUGCUGGAGAGGUAUUGAAGUCCUUGACAUCGUCAAUUCUAUUGUCUAAAUCGCCGGCUAGGAGUUUUGCACUAGGGUUCGUGUCAAAGAAAAUGAUGGUUUUGUCGAAGGAGAGUGCUGGAGUGAAGAAAGCCAUCGUUAAUCUUCCUAAGUAUUUGGCGAACAAGGCGCCAGAGAAGGCCGAGCCUCGGGGAUAUGCUGUGGAAGCCAUCAUGGAAAUAGUAAAAGCAAUGGAAUUUGAUGAUCAAAUUGGUUUUGUGCAAUAUGUGGUGAAGAUGACUCAAGGAAAGGUUAGUCUUAGGCUAUUAGCAGUUGAUCUUAUUCCGCUACUAGUAAUGGCAUUGAAAGGUUCAUUGGAGGAGGAAUUGGAUAAUGAAGGGAGUCAUUCUUGGAAGCUGGCUUGUCUUCAGGCUAUAAUCGAACGUUGUGGGGAUUCAACUGCUGGGAUUCGAGCUCGAGCCCUUUCAAACUUGACUCAGGUGGCAGGGUUUUUGUCAAGCGAUGAGAAGAACAGGGAGGUUUUGAAGGAGGCAAUUGCUUUUACUGGCAAUCAUUCAAAUGAGGGGAUUAAUGAUCUUUUGAGGAAAAGGUGUGCGGAUGAGAAGGCUGCAGUGAGAAAGGCUGCACUUCUUCUGGUUACUAAGCUGACAACUACCUUAGGUGGUUCUUUCGAUGAUGUUUUGCUGAAGAUGAUGGGUAUUGCUUGUUCUGAUCCCCUUGUCAGCAUUCGAAAAGCAGCUAUCUCUGCUCUCUCAGAGGCCUUCAGGACAUUUUCAAAUGAAAGUGUAACUAUCGAGUGGCUACAUUCUGUUCCGCGUUUGAUUGCUGAUAAUGAAUCUAGCAUUCAAGAAGAAUGUGAGAACUUGUUUCUUGAAUUGAUUUUGGAGAGAGUGUCUAGAGCAGGAUCUGCAGUCUCUCCAUGGAAUACAUCUCUUUCUUCUGAUUCAAAUGUGAAAGAGAAAAGUUUUAAUAAGGAGAUUGGCUCAAUAUUUCCUGUAGGGACUUUGGUGCUUUUGAAACAGAUCUGCAACGGAGAGGUCACACCUUGGGUGAAGAAAAUUUGCACACAGCUGGGUAAGAAGAAAAGGUUGAAGCCGAGAAUUGUUGAUGCCCUCCAAAAUAUCAUAAAGACAUCUGAAUCUCUCUGGUUAAGCUAUUCUUUGCCCAUAGAGAAGUGGACAGCCCCACCUGGUGCUUGGUUUCUUCUAUCGGAGUUGUCAGCUUAUCUCCCCAAAGCAGUGGACUGGGAGUUUCUCCUUCACCAUUGGCAGCUCCUUGACAAGAAUGGUGGGCAAGAUGAGCUCAGAAGCCCACUAGUGCAAGGAGAUCCACAUGAAAAUGGGAAGUGCUUAGAAAUUGAUUCUGUUGCAUGGGCUGGAGAUCGUGUUUUCCUCUUGCAAACAAUAUCGUAUGUUUCAGUUGAGCUGCCUGCUGAACUUGCUGCAGAUUUGGCUCAUAAUAUGCUUAAACGAAUUGAAGAGUUCAACAUGCAUUCAACAGAGGUUAAUGCUCAUGUAAAAGCUCUCAGAACAUUGUGCAAGCAGAAAUCUGUGAAUAUUGAAGAGGCAGGUAUCCUUGUCAUGAAGUGGGCAGAGCGACUUAUCUCUAAAGCAUCUAAAAUUUUAGAGAAGUACAUUUCAGAGAGUACAGAAUACAAUAAAGAUAGUAGCUUCUUCACACCACCUACAAGUGGGAUUAAGAAAGCCAAGAGAUCAGCUACCAUAUCCACAUCGUUAUCAGAAACAGUCACUGCUGUUUAUACCAUUGGGUGUUUGGUUAUUGUCUGUCCUUCAGCAGAUAUAAGCUCCAUUAUUCCACUACUUCACACCAUCAUAACUUCAGCAAAUUCAGAUCCUAAGUCAAAAAGAAUACCAGUUCCUGCUCUCUCUUUGAAGCGAACAGCCCCUUCCUUGUAUAUUCAAGCAUGGUUAACCAUGGGGAAGAUUUGUUUGGUAGAUGGAAAACUUGCAAAGAGAUACAUUCCUCUUUUUGUGCAGGAGCUUGAAAAGAGUGACUGUGCAAUGCUUCGCAACAAUCUGGUCGUAACAAUGGCGGACUUUUGUGUCCGCUAUACUGCUUUGGUUGAUUGUUACAUAACAAAGAUCACAAAGUGUCUGAGGGAUCCAUGUGAACUGGUCAGGAGACAGACAUUUCUUCUGCUUUCAAGAUUAUUGCAGAGGGAUUAUGUGAAGUGGAGAGGAGUUCUCUUCCUUAGGUUCCUUCUAUCUCUUGUUGAUGAAUCAAAAAAGAUAAGACAACUGGCAGAUUUCUUAUUUGCGAAUAUUCUAAAAGCUAAGGCACCCCUUUUAGCUUACAACAGUUUUGUGGAAGCCAUUUAUGUCCUAAAUGACUGCCAUGCAGACAAUGGACAUCCUAAUCCUAAGGGUUCACAAACAGAGAAUCGAGCUUUUUCUAUCAGGGGUAAUGAUGAAAGCUCUAGGUCCAAAAGAAUGCACAUUUAUGUGACUUUGCUGAAACAAAUGGCUUCAGAACACCUCUUGGCCACCUUUGCGAAGUUAUGCGCAGAGAUCCUUGCAGCUACAUCAGAUGGCAUGCUUAAUAUAGAAGAUGUCACUGGACAGUCUGUUCUGCAGGAUGCUUUUCAAAUUCUUUCCUGCAAAGAGAUUCGAAUAUCACCAUCUCGUGGAUCAGCAUCAGAGACAGCAGACCUAGAUGAAGAAGGUGGAGAAGGUGGAACAUGUGCAGCUGCUGCGAAAGGAAGGGCUAUAACACAAGCAGUCAGAAGGGGCCUUAUCCAGAACACCAUUCCCAUCUUCAUAGAGCUAAAGCGGUUGUUGGAAAGCAAGAACAGCCCUCUCAUUGGUUCCCUCAUGGAAUGCCUUCGAAUCCUCCUCAAAGACUACAAGAAUGAGAUUGACGAUAUACUGGUUGCCGAUAAGCAGCUUCAGAAAGAGCUUAUCUAUGACAUACAAAAGUAUGAAGCAGCUAAGACCAAGUCAACAGUUCAAUCAACCAUUUUUCGUUCACCCAAUGUUUCUAAGGUUGGAAGUGGAAACAAGUUGCAGGAUUCAAAAGUUGCUUCCGAAAUGGCUGCUGCAGCCAUUGCAAAGUCUGUGUUGAGGGAAGUGAACAAGGGAACACCCACGCCGCCCCUUAGCUCCAUCAGUGUUCCAAAACUAAAAUCUAAUCAGGAAGGAACCAGUGGUCGAAAUCAUCACAGGCCUAUAGGUGUAUUGGAGUCUUUAAGAAGAAGACAGUCUUUUAAUUCUGAUGAUGAAAACUAACCGUCAGAGAAAUACAUUGCCUGGACCGGAACCUUAGGAUGCAGAAAGAAAGCACAAGCUUAAGAGAGUAAAUAACGAUAAUGUUGUAUGAGAUGUAAAUAUAAAUGUACUUAGGACUGUAGUAUUGGAAGUUCAGAUUACAAUUUUUGGAAAAAAGACUGUCUAUUGGUAUUCCAAA